UAGGCAGCGGGAUGAGCGCAGACAAAGCUGGGUGGGGACUCGCCGCUCGGGGCUGCUGCUGACCACCAUCCAUCCUCCUCCUGCUGCGGCCGCAUCCCUCCGGCCCUCCCUCCCUCCUCCUCCAUCCUUUCCUCCAUCCCGCCGUCCGUCCGUCCGUCCAUCCCUCCGUCCGUCUGUCCGUCCCGCCGCCGCCCGCCCCGCGGGGACCGGGGCACCGCUUCCAGGCAGUGAAGGGCCAAGAGGAGCAGAGCUUCCCUUAGAGGCACAGAUCAGCGGAGACAUCGGCUUCUGCCCAUCCCGGGAGCCCUCCUGGCCCGCCCAUGGCUAGCAACAACACUGCUAGCAUAGCACAGGCCCGCAAGCUGGUGGAGCAGCUGAAGAUGGAGGCCAACAUCGACAGGAUAAAGGUGUCCAAAGCAGCAGCAGACCUGAUGGCGUACUGCGAAGCCCACGCCAAGGAGGACCCUCUAUUGACCCCCGUCCCGGCCUCAGAAAACCCCUUUAGAGAGAAGAAGUUCUUCUGCGUGAUCCUGUAAAACCCUGGAGGAGCCUGACGGGCACUCAGGCCACCCUGAACACUGAUGUAGAGUUUUUAGGAAUGGGGACGACCUGCUGGUCCGCAGAAUUUAAACAAAAAUAAGUAUAAAACACGGCCUGGAAGCUACAGAGAUGUGCAUGUUUAAAGAACCUGGCCACCUUUGGGGGAAUCAGAUGAUCUGCAUUGCGAGGCAAAAGAUCUGAAGUCUGUAGAGUUGCCUAGAAAGAGAAAAACAAACAAACAAACAAACAAACAAAAAAAAAAAACAUGUAAAGAAUAAAUCUGUGUCACUUUUCUGCUCACAAAAUUGUUUGAUUGUUCCAUAUUUAAGGUUUGAUUGUUCCAUAUUUAAAGCACCAGAGCUGUGCUGAGCAAAGUUAACUGCUAAGGAUGUGUAUAACCUUCUUGGAAUGAUAUUGUUGGUUUCUUUCCAAGCUAAUAUUUUUGAUUUAAGUUGUCAGAUAUAUAGCGACAGGUUAGGUGGCUGUGCUGUUACUCAAUGUUUGGUCUUGUGCUUUUUCAUUUCUGGCCGUAGCGUAGCAGGGCGGGUCGAGGGGACACCAGCAGCUCUGUGUCCCCAGCAAACCCCACUUUUUACCAUUCUCUCUAUGGUUAGCUUUGGUUCUGCAAGUAAAAGUGGUUCCCGUGUCGUGCUUGGUGCUUCCUAGCCCUGUGAUGACAUUCAGUGGUAGUGCAUGAGAGUUUAAUUCCGUUCAUCCGCUCCAGACUUUUCUUUUCUAGCUUUUGGCACCACGUGCUGGUGGAAGAAGCCGUAGGGAGGGAACAGAGGCGAUUCUGAAAGCAAAGAGAGCUCCUGAGAUGCCUUAGACGUGCCUGAAAUGCCCCCUGCCACAGGGCAGGUGCCAGCCCGGGUGCAGGGCGAGCCAGAAAUCCGAAAAUCGAAGCCGACCACUUCUUUCCGGGUCUUUCCUUUCUCCUACACCUCUGUGCCUCUGCUCCCCUCGCUUUGGUCCUGCUCUUUUCCCAGUUCCUGGUAGCACUUCCUUCCCUUGGGGCUGGUCUGGAAUGUUGCUGGGAUGUUGUUCAGCGCUGGGAUGCUGCUCCAAAAUGGGAGGCUGCUCCAUGGUGGGAUGCUGCUCCUCCAUGGAAUGCUGCUCCAUGGUGGGAUACAGCUCCAUGGUGGGUUGCUGCUCCUCCAUGGAAUGCUGCUCCAUGGUGGGAUGCUGCUCCAUAGUGGGAUGCUGCUCCUCCAUGGAAUGCUGCUCCAUAGUGGGAUACAGCAUGAUACAGAAUUCCAUGGUGGGUUGCUGGUCCUCCAUGGGAUACUGCUCCUCCAUGGAAUGCUGCUCCAUGGUGGGACACGGCUCCAUGGUAGGACACUGCUCCUCCAUGGAAUGCUGCUCCAUGGUGGGAUACAGCCCCAUGGUGGGAUGCUACUCCAAAAUGGGAUGCUGCUCCUCCAAGGAAUGUUGCUCCAUGGUGGGAUUCUGCUCCAUGGUGGGAUAUAGUUCCAUGGUGGGACGCUACUCCAAAAUGGAAUGUUGCUCCUCCAUGGGACACAGCUCCAUGGGGGGACGCUACUCCAAAAUGGAAUGUUGCUCCUCCAUGGAAUGCUGCUCCAUGGUGGGACACAGCUCCAUGGUGGGACACUACUCCAAAAUGGAAUGUUGCUCCUCCAUGGAAUGCUGCUCCAUGGUGGGACACAGCUCCAUGGGGGGACGCUACUCCAAAAUGGAAUGUUGCUCCUCCAUGGAAUGCUGCUCCAUGGUGGGACACUACUCCAAAAUGGAAUGCUGCUCCUCCAUGGGACGCUGUCCCACCAUGGGAUUCUGCUCCGUGUUGGGAUGUUCCUGCCCCUUCCUGCCCCCACCUCCCCUCCCGUUCCCGCUGCCCCCUCCCCACGUUGGGAAGGGCCAGGGGAGCAGCCCCGGGAGCCGUGGGGCCGCCCCUUCCCGGAGGUGCCUGAUUCCCUGUUUACACACGGCCUGGGCUCCGUGCCAGGCUGGGCAGUUAUUCCCAGGUCUGCUUCCUCUGCUCCCAGCUCUCGGGGGACACACGCCACCUUUCUGGGCUCCUCCUCGGGUCCAAACUUCCGUGGAUGUGGCUUGCCUCUCCUUUCUGCUGCUAAACACCUCCCGGCUUUCCCCCGCUCACCUAUCCUCCUGGGAAACUUUGGGAAGCGUCACUUUGGGAAUCAUAACGUGGGGAUUUAUGUACAAAAUGAGCUGGGGGCCACAGAGGGGUUUGGGGGUCGGUGGUGACCCCGCUGAACCAGUUCUGAAUCAGGUGUGAGCUUUUGAAAAUCCCUGUGGAUCCAGGAGGGGAAAAGUCUUUUGGUAACUCUUUCUAGCCCGUAAAAAAAAAAAAAAAAGUGUUUUUUGGUUUUUCUACCUUUUCAUACUCUUUUUCUAGUUCUUCUACGGAGAAGGCCAGUUCUUCUCACACUGGGCUCCAAACUUUUGGCACCUGGGAAUGUUUAUAAGCCACGAGUAGCCUAGAGGGUCCCAGCACCCCCCUAAUUCCCCCAGUUUUACUCUUUUUACUACAGCUCCCGCAGCUUUAGGAUGAAGGGUGGAUGAAGUGGUUUGCUCUGCAGCUGGUUUCACCCUUGGUGUUACCAGGCAGAGCUGUCAAAACCCCAUCCUGAGUUUAGUCUUUUCUUCUUAAUCUGAUUUAUUGUCACAGAGAGUGAAGUGCAGCCGGUCUGACCCGGGGCUCCCACCCCACCCCUUCUCAAACACUGUCACAAAAGUGGUUUGUAAUAAUUUUUUUAACGACUUGCCUAUUUUACAACUCGAAUUCUUAAUACCUUAGAGACGACAAAAUAAACCUGCAUGAAUAUGGGGGAGCGGGGAGGGGGGGAUUUUGAAUUAACCCAAACUAUUCACUGAAGGUGUUUUACCUUGCUGGGCUUGAUUUUCUGUUGGUUGUGGUGUUGCCAUUGGUGUGCUGCCAGGUAUUUCACCCCAGUAUUUCUAUUUACACAGAUCUGCCUUUGUUAGCCAAGCAGAGAUCGCCUGCCAAGGUUGUUUCCCCUCCUCACAACAAAAAUCCCACCCAUCCCCAUGCUGGAUUUCCAGCCUGGCCUCAAACAGCAUUCCACUACCCCCAGGCUUUUAAAGAAAAAAAAAAAAAUAAUAUCUGGAGUACUGGGAAAAGGACUUUUAUUGUCUGCAAAGGUUGCUGGUGGCAGUCUGUCCAUGGGUUGCCACCCUGCCAGCAGCAGGAUUUUGGGGAGGGGGUGGUUGUAGGCGAAAGCCAGUCGUGGUGUAGCGCAUCCCCAUCCCACAUGGUCUGUGUACUCGUUGGAAAUAAACUUUUGGAUUUGUUUCAA